AUGUAUUUCAUUGCUUUUGCGGUUUUUAUUGCUACCCUUAACGCUUUUAAAGUUGCAGGAGACCCUCUAAAACUCACCAAAAGAGCUGGUUACCCCCGUGGUGCAGUAAGACCAAUGCAAUGCCCAACAGGUGACACUCAACUUUCAUGUGUCAUGACUGAUCAGUCUUGGCCAACAGCGGAUUUCCAAUGCGGGACCGAAGCGAUUCGUCAAAAUGUAAUGAAAACGAUGCAGCAUGGAAUAAUGGCCCAAACCACUCCAGAUGUGAAAGAGGCUAACCCACCAGGUGAUAUAAGCCCAACUUGUAAAAACAAAGAUGUAUUUAAAUACAAGCAUCUUGCUAUCACUGUUCUUUACCGUUUAGAAACUCAGUGCACAUGCCAAAACGGUGCUGAUCUCACCUGCAGUAAUGGAGUAGGAUGCAAUUCUUCAAAGAUCAUUUUUUGUGGUGUUUCAGCUGGCAGUUCUACCUGCACUGGGCAUGCAUGA